AUGAGCAGCUCUCUUGAAAGGCCUAUAGGCUACGAAUGGCGGUCUUCAGGGUGGUUUAUAGUAUCCACCAUCUCUAUUGCCUUGUUCGCUGAAACAUUCCUUUAUGGAUUCCUUGUCCCUAUUCUAGGAUUUAUUUUUGAAAGUCGCCUAGGCAUAGAGCCUUCGCAAAGGCAGCGCUUGACCUCUGUUGUUCUUGCCAUGCAUGGUGUCUGCUCCGCUAUCUCAGGCCCAGUCAUUGGGCAUUUUGUCGAUCAAUUACCCAACCGCAAAUCGCCACUAUUACUGUCAUUAUUGGGAUGUAUUGUGGGUACUGCUAUCGUCGCUUGCUCCCGUUCACUCUCCUUGUUCUUCCUAGGGCGUUGUUUGCAGGGUGUCGCGGGGUCGUUUGUAUGGAUUGUUGGGCUUGCAACUGUCGCAGAAACCACGAGUCAAGAUAGGUUAGGCACGGUGAUGGGCCUGGUCAACUCAUUUGCUCAUACGGGGAUAAUGAGUGGCCCUAUAGUAUCAGGACUACUCUUAGAAACUGUGGGAUACUGGGCUACAUGGUCCGUACCUGUAGUGAUUUUGACCAUUGAUAUCAUUGCUCGUCUGCUUAUGAUCGAGAAGAUCGAUGAUCCUAAAUCAAAUUGUACGAGCGAGAGGACAGAUGCGUCAGAAACGACCGGCCUUCUUACCUCAUCCGAAGAUCAGCAAGGCACACCUACCACUCUUGGUUUCUGGCGCACCAUGUUAAGCAAUGGCCGUGUCUUCACGGCUUUGCUGGUCUCCCUUUCAAUAGUAUCCUUGAGCACUGGCUUUGAUACGACAAUGCCCCUGCACGUGGAUGAGGCCUUCGGGUGGGGAACAGGCACUACUGGGUUUCUAUUCUUCUGCCUCUCCGUUCCGGCAAUUCUCAUCAGUCCACUCGCUGGUUGGCUACGCGAUCGUAUUGGCAUACGAGCCCCUACAACAGUUGGCUUCAUCAUCCAGGCUAUAUUAAUGGUCAUAUUGGGUAUUGCUGGAAACAGUCACUUCUCCUGGGCUAGCGCUGAAACUGCAGGUCCAGCCAUUUACAUGACCAGUAUUGUUGCUAUAGGCAUUGUGCAGCCCUUUAUACUUGGUGUUGCAAACAUCGAAUUGACCGCUGUGCUCAAAGAGAAGCAAGAGGAGAAUCCCGAGAGCUUUGGCCCUGGUGGAGGCUUCUCGCGCAUAUUCUCUAUGGCGGAAGUGGCUUCUACACUCGGAUUGAUCCUAGGCCCGAUACUUUCUGGCUCUCUUACUGAAAUUUGUGGCUAUACAUACAUGAGUUGGACCUGGAGUGUACUCUGUAUAAUCCUCGCCACUCUUGCCUGCCGUUUCUUAGGUUCCCAAAGAUGA